AUGGAUGUGUCGGCGUGUUCCGGCGGCCUGGAUCCCGCGAGACUGGCCAAGGCGCCGCAGCUGCUGCGCUCGGCCUCCCAGGCCAUGGAGGGGCUGGCCGCCGACAUCCACUCCUCCGGCGGGAGCGGCCGGAAAUGCGCGCCUGGGGCCAGUAGGUGCGGGGGGAAGACCGCCGCCCCCAUCCUGGAGGUUCUCGAGGCCUAUUUGCUCGAGAUCUGGGGCAUCUCUGCUGCCGCCGAAUAUAAGGCGCUGGCUCUGCAGGCCAGGGAUGCCUUCUACUUCAACCAAGACCUUCAAGACACGGUCGACUGCCGCAGGUUUCACUCCUCCAACCCAUCUCGGGUUCAAUUCAAACCACUUCCCGCUCUCAGGUGGUGUGGUUGGCACUGCCUCCCUUUUGGAAUAGUUGCGCCCAAACCACCCAAGAAGAUCGUCAAAGACAUCAAGGUUGUGAAUCAAGAAACUCGCAAGAUUGGCGAUCUACUGGACAAGGGGGAAGACGGCUCAUCGCGGCGGCGGCCGCCCCCACCGCGCAUGCCUGACUCAAGCAGGGAAAUUCUUCAGACUAGAGUAUUCAUUGGGCGCGACAAGGACAAGGAUGAUAUCGUGCAAAUGCUCAUCCAGCCAUGUGCCAACUCUGUUAUCUGUGUUGUUGGUGACGCAGGAAUUGGGAAGACAACUAUUGCUCAGAUGGUGUUCAGUGAUGCAACAGUUCGGGAGCAUUUUGAUGUCAAAUGUUGGGUGUCAGUUUCCAGCAGCUCCAACAAGAUGGAGCUCGCAGCCGAGAUCCUAAGGUCGGUCCUACCGGCUUGGGAUGGCUCCGCUGACAAGAUGGUGGAUUUUCAAAUGCUUCAGUCGGAGCUCCGUCGAGCUCUUACUUCCAAGAGGUAUCUGAUUGUUCUUGAUGAUGUGUGGAACAUCACGGAUGAAACCUGGAUGGACAUGCUCGCUCCUCUACAGUCAGCAGAUACCGGGAGCAGAAUUAUGGCUACUUCCCGCAUGGACACCAUGCCUCACAUCUUCAGAGCGUCGCAGCUGUACACCUUGAAUCCGCUGAAGAGCGAGGAUUGCUGGGCCCUGCUGAAGGAACAUGCUUUGCCAAGUGAUCCCUGUAAUGUCUAUCAAGAACUUCACCCGAUCGGGAAGCAGAUUGCUGAAAAAAUCAAUGGAUCACCUCUGGCUGCCAAGCUGGUGGGAGGUUUGCUGGGAGAUACAAGGAGCAAAAUUCACUGGAUGAACAUCAUGGAAAAAGGAUUACAAGAUAAUGCUGUUUUCUCCGCCCUACGCUUGAGCUAUAAAUACCUACCGGUACACCUCAAGCGAUGCUUUGCAUAUUGCAGUUUGUUUCCAGAGGACUAUAAGUUUGAUCCAGCACACUUGUUCCGCCUUUGGAUUGCCGAGGGUUUUGUUCAACCACAAGACAGGGCUGAAAAAAGGAUGGAAGACAUUGCUAGAGAAUAUUUUGAUCAGCUCCUUUCACGCUCAUUCUUCCAGGAAAUCAAGCUUGGAUCCAAGACGUACUACUUGGUGCAUGGCUUACUCCAUGAUCUUGCAAGGUCUGUCGCAGCGGAGGACUGCUUCCGUAUUGACGAUGGCACGAACUGUGACAUCCCGUUAACAGUGCGCCAUCUGUCUGUCACCAUGAACAGUCUACCUGCUCUCACAAGCUUCCGCAGUCUAAAAGAGUUGCGCACCUUGUUAAUCCGACCGUCACUUCCAUCCAACUCCAGUUGCUCCCAAGAGGAUUUUGCUGUGAAUUUAAAAGAUAUCCUGGAGAAGUCAAAACAGUUGCGUGUUCUUGAUCUCAGUUGCUUUAACUCCAAAGAGUUGCCCCAAUGCAUUGAUGACUUAUUGCACCUCCGUUACCUAUCUAUCCAUGGCUCCAUCCAGAGGCUUCCUGAGUCGAUUGGCAAGCUCCUGCAUCUGCAAGUAUUGUGCUUCACUGGGAAAUGUUCUUUUGAUAAGCUUCCUGAGAGCGUUACUAUGUUGGUCAAUUUGCGGCACCUUCUUGUUGAAACAAAGUGUACUGCAGGAUUGGCGGGCAUUGGUCGGCUAGCUAACCUUCAGGGAUCACUUGAGUUCCACAUUGAGAAGAGGGAAGGGCAUAGACUAGAAGAGUUGAGGAACAUCAAUGGUCUCCAUGGGCUACUAAAAAUAAAAGGUCUAGAAAAUGUUUCAAGCUAUGAAGAAGCCUGCAAAGCUGAGUUGAAUAAAAAAACACAUAUUAAUUCUUUGAACUUAGAAUGGAGCUCUGCUAGUAGGAAUAACCCUCCUCCUGCGGACGCAAAGGUACUUGAAGGCCUAAAGCCGCACCAAGACAUUAAGGUACUUAACCUUAGAAGGUAUUGUGGCAACAGAGCUCCCAGCUGGCUACCGUUAUUGCAGCAGCUGCGUUCCUUGCACCUUACCAAUUGCAGGAGUUUAACCAUGCUUCCUCCACUGGGGCAUUUAGGAUCACUCAGACAUUUACACAUGACGGAGCUGUGUGCAGUUGACCGUAUUGGACAUGAGUUUUAUGGCACUGGUGAUGUGGCAUUUCCAUCCCUAAACUUCCUUGAAUUUGAUGAUUUCCCGAUGUUGCAUGGCUGGUCCGGGAUAGCACACGGAAAGUCAUUUCCAUGCCUUGAAAGAUUAAUCAUAAUGGAUUGUCCAGAAUUGGUAAAAAUUCCUCCCUUCCCCCCAACUACUUGUGAAGUUACCAUUGAGCGUACACAGUUCUUACCAUAUAUGAGGCUUGCCCCUUUUUCUUCGAGUUCAGAGAAGCUCCAACUGGAUGUUUGUACAACUUCUGUCCACUUCAACGGCUUACUUCAUGAAAAGCACAGAGAAGCCAUUGUAGCCUUAAACAUAAGUGGUGCUGAGCAGGUCGUUGCUACUGAGGAAAUAGGGUCGCUUGUUUCUCUACAAAGGUUGCAGCUUAGUCGCUGCAAUUUUACUGACCAAAAUUUUAGUAGGUUUCUCCAGGUUCUACCUUGUCUCCUCUCAUUGGAGAUUGUAGACCUGCCUAACAUGAUAUCUCUUCCAGCAGCGGAAACACUUAAGUUCUGCACCAUGCUCACUGAGUUGUCCAUACGUAACUGCCAGCUUUUGCACUCUCUAUCCUCAUUGCAGUAUUUUGAUUCACUAAAAGUUCUGGUGAUCGAGAGAUGUCCUAAAAUUACUGCAACAUCAUUUCCGUUGAACUUUAGGAGCCUUUCAUCUCUCAAAGUGUUGAGAAUAUCAUACUGCUCAGAGCUCCAAUCUUUACCAGCGUACGGUCUGCCAUCCUCAUUGGAAACACUUCAUAUUAUUGGGUGCCACCCGGAGUUGUCCAAGCAGUCAAGAAAUAGGGCAGUUGCUUUGGUACCUAGUGUGCUGAUUCAGUGA